CCAGGCUUUUUAGGGCACGGGCCACCUCCUCUUCUUGCAUGGCCUUGCAAAAAACCUUUCUCUGCUCCAAACUCUAAGGUUUCCGUUUGUGUGGCCUCACUGUGCUCUUGGACACAAGAGCUUGUGUUCACAGUUUGUUCUGUCCAUAGUGACAAGUAGUCAGCGUACUUAGGCAACCACCCAGAGUUCACAGCAAGCCCAGUCAGAGCGGGUGUAAACAGGAAACAGCAGGCAGGCGGGUUGUUGAACAGCACGGCAGUGUUUCAACUCAAAGGGCUGAUGGAAGAGCCUGAACAUGUUUACAAGCUGAGGGGAGGAGUCCCUGAAGGUGGAGAGAGGUUGACGGAAGGAACUCCUCCAUUGGAAAGGAUUCUGAAAGAAAUGAAGAAAACCAUCAGAAAUGCAAUCGGUAGCUUCAUGGCCUUCUGUUGACUGGACUGGACUUUUCUUACUGCUGUUCCUUGGAAUGACACUGUACAGGAUGUCUGCUGAGGUCAUCCAUCAGGUGGAAGAAGCACUUGAUGAAGAUGAGAAGGAGAUGCUUCUUUUUCUGUGCCGAGACGUUGCUGCAGAUGUGGUUCCACUUAAUGUCAGGGACCUUCUGGAUGUUUUAAGAGAGAGAGGAAAGCUGUCUUCUGUGAGCUUGGCUGAGCUGCUCUACAGAGUAAGGCGGUUUGACUUGCUCAAGAGGGUCUUGAAGAUGGACAGACCGACAGCGGAGGCCCUCCUGCACAGGCACCCACAUCUUAUUUCGGACUAUAGGGUGCUGUUGAUGGAGAUCGGUGAGGGUUUGGAUAAAUCUGAUGUGUCCUCAUUAAUAUUCCUCAUGAGAGAUUAUAUGGGCCGAGGCAAGAUAGCCAAGGAUAAGAGUUUCUUGGAUCUUGUGAUUGAACUGGAGAAGCUAAACCUGGUUGCUCCAGAUCACUUGGAUUUAUUAGAAAAAUGCCUAAGGAACAUCCACAGAAUAGACCUGAAGACAAAAAUCCAGAAAUACAAGCAGUCUGCUCAAGGAGUGGAAACAAAUUACGUAAAUGCUCUCCAGGCAUCUCUGCCAAACUUGAGUAUUAAGGAUCCUUCAUAUAACCUAAGGCUCCAGAAUGGGAGGAGUAAAGAACACAGACUCAUGAUGGGACAACCUGACAUUCAGAGAGAACCAGUGAAGACAUCCAUUCAGGAAUCAGAAGCAUUUUUACCUCAGCACGUACUGGAAGAGAGAUAUAAGAUGCAGAGCAAGCCCCUGGGCAUCUGCCUGAUAAUUGAUUGCAUUGGCAAUGACACAGACAUUCUUCAGGAAACCUUCACUUCCCUGGGCUAUGAAGUCAAGCGUUUCUUACAUCUCACUGUGGAAAAUAUAAUGCACAUUCUUGGCCAAGUUGCGCACAUGCCCCAACACCAAGACUACGACAGCUUCGUGUGUAUCCUGGUGAGCCGAGGGGGCUCCCAGAGCGUGUUUGGCGUGGAUCAGACUCACUCAGGGGUCCCUUUGGAUCAUAUCAGAAGGAUGUUCAUGGCAGAUGCAUGCCCCUCUCUCUCAGGGAAGCCAAAGGUCUUUUUUAUCCAGAACUAUGUGACGUCAGAGGGCCAGCUAGAGGACAGCAGCUUCCUGGAGGUGGAUAGGCCAUCAGUGAAAAGUGCAGAAUUCAAGGUCAGGCAGCCCGGGGCCUGCAUGAUUCACCGAGAAGCUGACUUCUUCUGGAGCCUAUGCAAAGCGGACGUGUCCCUGCUGGAGCGGUCCUCCCCUUCACCCUCAUUGUACCUGAAGUGCCUCUCCCAGAAACUGGGGAAAGAAAGAAAACACUCACUCCUGGAGCUCCACAUUGAACUCAACAGCAAGGUGUAUGAUUGGAACAGCAGAGUGUCUGCUAAGGAGAGGUACUGUGUCUGGCUGCAGCACACUCUGAGAAAGAAACUCAUCCUCUCUUGCAAAUGAAAAGCCAAAGGCUCCUCUUAGCUUUGCAGUCUCCAUCGCUAGCCAGAAAGACAAACAUUUAUUUCUCACAGUUCUAGAGACUGGGAAGUCCAAGAUCAAGGUGCUUGUAGAUCAGGUGUCUGGUGAGAACCCGCCUCCAGGUUGGCAGAUGACCCUCUUGUUGUAUCUUCACAUGGCAAAGAGAACAGAGAGAAAGCAGGCUGUCUUGUGUCUCUUCUUAUAAGGGCACUGAUCUUAUUCAUAAGGGCUGCCCUGUCAUGACCUAAUCUAGGACUCACAUGGCAUUCUACAGUAAUCAGUAUACCUUUCCUCCUUGGAUUUGAAAGCAUGACCUAAAAGAAUAUUAUUGUUUAAAAUAUUAUUUAAAGGGACUUCCCUGGUGGACCAGUGGUUAAGACUCCGUGCUUCCACUGCAGGGGGAAUGAGUUCAAUCCCUGACUGGGGAACAAAGAUCCCACAUGCUGAGGCACGGCCAAAAAAAAUCACUUGAAGUUAAGAAAAAACUUAUUUAUAUAUUUUUAAGUUGGUUUUAAGUGGUAUGUUUCUGUGUGGGUAUGUUUAUAUGUGUUUUGACAUGAUCACUCAACAAAGGCUGAAAAGUAUGAAAGGAACAGUUUUCAGACACUUCAUACACUUAUUUCUACUUUAAAGGUAAUUUUCUAUCCUUGUAUUAAUGAAUGUGGGACUCCUGAGGGUGUCUUUGAAUUUCACAUUGCUCGGGGCACCAGCAGGAACAAUGCAUGUCCUUGGACUCAUGAACCAGAACCCUGUGUUAAUUAUUACAGAGGGAAACUGAGAGGGAUCUUAAUGACCUGGCAGCUUUUGCAUCCUCCUCUGUCCCAUCCUGACCGGGUGACAAGCAUUUUCCAUAUUCUUGUCCAUAUGAAUAUGGACAAGCAUUUUCCAUAUUCAUACAACCACAAGCAUAGUAUUUAUUUAUAUUACUUUUUAGUUUUAUAUAUUUUUAUAUAUUAUUAAGAUAACUUAUAUUUGCAUUAAAUAUAAAAAUAAGAGGGGCCUUGAAGUCAUUAUGCUAAGUGAAAUAAAAGACAAAUACCAAGCAUUAUAUGCUCUCAUUUAUAUGUGGAAUCUACAAAACAAAAACAUAAACAAAACAAGCCAAACUCAUAGAAAAAGAGAUCAGGCAGUGGUUACCGGAGGUGGGGGAAGGGAGUAAUUGGAGGAAGGUGGUCAAAAGGCACAAACUUCCAAAAAAAAGAAAAAAAAAAAAAGACUGCUCUAAGCACGGGUAAGCACCUGCAGUGCAUUGUCCAAUGUUAGGCUGAAAUAUCAGAUUCUUGAUGUAGGCCCUGAUUUCUCCCACACCUAAGCUAUGUUUCACAAAAACUGAACAUGAUGAAUAUGAGAUUUUUAGUUAGAGAGGGUUUAGGAGCAGCUACAGUCUGUAAUCCCAUGAGCUAUAACUUAGGAGAUUGAUAGAGAAUAUGGUAGAGGUAAACCAGAGAUGGAAGAAAGGUUUUAGAAAUGGAAUGAGAGAGAACAAAAGACAGUCAGCUAUGUGAUAUACAAUAAUAAGACCUACAAGACGGGUGUGAUGGAUGGAAUGCAAGCAGGUUUAGUGUAUAAGUGUGACUGACAGUGAAGAAUUAAAUUUUAGGAUAUAGCAUAUUGUGACAUUAGGUUUUCAAUAAAUAAUAUAAUGACACCUGACAGCUAUAAUCUCUCGAAAAUUCACAUCAAUGAUGUUCAUUCCAAUAAUUAAAAAUAAAUUAAAAAUUUACAAAAAGAAAAGGGGACAAACUUCCAGUUGUAAGAUAAAUAAGUACUAGGGGUAUAAUGUACAACAUCAUGACUAGAGGUAACACUGCCGUGUGAUACAUAGGGAAUUUGUUAAGAGAGUAAGUCCUAAGCGUUCUCAUUACAAGGAGAAAAAUUUUUUUCCUUUUUUCUUUUCUUUUUAGCGUAUGCAUAUGAGACAGUGAAUGUUAGCUGACCCUAUUGUGGUAAUCAUUUCACAAUAUAUGUAAUCAUCACCUUGUAUACCUUAAACUCAUGCAGUGAUGUAUAUCAAUUAUUUCUCAGUAAAAUGGGGAGAAAAAGAUUUGAAAAACACAAUCAUAUCAUUCAAAAUGUUUUAGAUGCAAGUAACAGAAGACCUAACUUAAAAAGUUUUUAAAAAAUUUGUUUACUCUUAUUAAGCAACAGCUUCAGAGGUAGGGGGGUAGUUGCUAGCUUGGCUAAUUCAUUGGCUCAACAAUCUCCUCAAGGGUUUGAUGCUUUCCACCUUUCCUCUCUGUAAUCUCAGGGUUUGGGCUUUUAUUUUCAAAUUUGUCAUCUAAAAGUCACAAGAGGGCCACAGGUCCAAGUAUCAUACCCAAACACAGAAGAGAAAACAUCUCUUCCUUGUGUGGCUUCUUAAGAUCAAAGGAAAAUUUUCCCAGAAGCUCUCCUCCCCAAGAGUUCCCUUCCCUCACUUCUCAUUGGCUAGAAUCACAUGAUAUGUUCUUCCUUAAACCAACCAUUGGCAGAGGGAAUGGGAUUACCAUGGUUGGUUUAUACCAGCCCAGACUCAGUCCCCUGGGACUGGGGUUCAGUGGCUUCAGCUCCCUUGGGCACAUGGUCUCCAAAAGCUGGGGUUCUUUUAGGGAAAAAUGGGGCAUGGAGCUUCCCUGGGGAGUAGAUAACCAUAAUGUAUGCCAAAAAGAAUGAGAACAUCCAUUUUAUGAUUGAAGAAACUGAGGCACACAGCUUUUAAGUGAGCUGUUCCCAAAUCUCAGAGAAAAUCAUUGGUAGCGCCGGAUCGAGAAUGUUAACGACCAGCCUUACGAUCUUGUGUCCUUCAGAAAUUAGAACAAACUUUGGAAGAUGUGUAGCAUGCAUUCCAGGGAAGGCGUCAUACUCCUCUCUUAGCUGUUUGUGAGAGUCAUUACCCUACCUUCCCAGCCCCACCCUUUUCCCCCGCAGAGAGGCAGUAUGGCCCCAUAGCUUUCCGUAUCCCAUCUGAUGGACACGGUGAAAAUACAGAGCCUGUUAAAUCCCCAUCUAUUCUUUCCUUCCCUUUUAAAAAGCAAUUAUUUAUUGGGACUUCCCUGGCGGUCCAGUAGUUAAGACUCCGCGCUUCCACCACAGGGGGUUCAGGUUCAAUCUCUGGUCCCUGGUCAGAGAACUAAGAUCCCACAUGCGGCCAAAAAAAAAAAAAAAAAAACAGACAAAAACAAAAAAUAUAUAUUUAUUAAAUUAUACUGUGCUGUCUGUUUACUUUUGUCACUUUUCUGUCUUUAGAUUACAUUAUUUUUAUUAAUACCAUUCAUCAGUCAACCCGCAGGUGCCAAGGAAAAAGAGUGCUAAGGGUUUGCUUGUGUGUUUUGCUCACUGGCAAGGGGUAUGGGGUGGAGUAAAGAGGGACUUUGAUUCCAGGAGCAGGCCAACAAGAUGGGAGGAAUAAAGCCUUGCCUUCCCUUGCCUACUUCGCAGAAUUGUUCUGAGGAUGAAAUGAGAGAGCGUUUAUGAUCAUACCCAAUGAGAGAGUUUUUAUGACUGCAUUGGUGAUGCCACACGAACAUAGCUGUUAUUAUUACAGCACACUGUGGAGGAGUUAUUUUGAAAAGGUUGAAUCAAACCUUGAAAAUUGGUAGGAUUUUGGCAGGUUGAGGUGGAGAAGAGAAUACAUUGCAGGAGAAGAAACAAAGCAAACGAAGGGUCAGAUAAGGGAAAUGUAAGGCAUGUUUCAGAAACCAUGAGUGUAACUUUUAGCUGGAGCAGAGAGAAUGUGAGCAAUGGUGAGUGGUAAGCCAGGAGGUGCCUGUUGUUUGGCAUGUGAAGAGCUGUAAAAACCCCCAUCUCUGUCUUUUAGUCAGCUCUCAUGUAAGUUAUUUUGUGACUUAUUUUUCUCACUUUAAUAGUGGGGUCUACAACUACUUCUUUGACACUUUUGUGUAUAUGAGCAAUUUGAUUACUAAAUGCCUUAUUCUUUUUCAUUGAGUAUAGUUUUUAAAUGAAAUAUUUAAGGCAUGCUAAAGGAGAAUUAUAUUAGGUAACAAUAUAAUGAAUACAUACCCACAACCCAGCUUAAAUGAAAUGUUCUAAAAUCUAUAUGAAGACUCUGAAGAUACUGCUUUAAGUAAUAGCCCUAAAUAUAAAAGAGAUAAAUGUAUUAAAAUAUUUAAAACUUUAUAAUAGCCACCAACUGAAAAUUCGUCAAGUGUUUAGUAACAGGAGCAUGGUUAUGAUAAAAUGUCCACUGGUUGGAAUUUUAUGUAACCGCUAAACUUAUAUAUACAAAUAAUAAAGGCUUACAAAAGCUGUUCUUAGCUCAUUACAUGAAUUAUCUCAUUUAAUCCUCAAAACAGCUCUUUGAGGUAGGUAUUAUUGUCCUCAUUAUUAUUUCUUCCCAUUUUAUAGAUGAGGAAAGUGAGCAAAGGGAUGCUAAGUAGCUUGUCCUUGGUCAGCCCAGCCUAGGAUAUAAACUCAAGCCAUAAACAGAGCCUUUAUUUUUAUAGCUAAGUACGUUUAAAGCAAAACAGGACUUCCCUGGAGCUCCAUUGGUUAAGGCUGUGCGCUUACAAUGCAGGGGACAUGGGUUCGAUCCCUGGUUGGCGAAGAUCCCACAUGCUGUGUGGUGUGGCCAAAAAAAAAAAAGCAAAAACUAACAAAAAAUAUCUCUCACAGGAAAACAAAAGGCCGGCAAGAAAUAUUCCAAAAGUGGUGUAUGAAUGACAGAACGAUGGCUGGUAUCUUUUCUUUCUGUUUUCCAAAUCCUCUUUUCUAUCUCUGUAUAUUUAAGCAUACUGGUUUCUAAAGUAAAGUCUAGGUAAUUCCUCCAACUUUAAAAAAAAAAGUUUAUUUAUUUAUUUAUGUAUGUAUGUAUUUGGCUGUGCCAGGUCUUAGUUGCAGCAAUGAGGGAUUUUUAGUUGUGGCAUGCAUGCAGGAUCUAGUUCCCUGACCAGGGAUCAAACCCAGGUCCCCUGCAUUGGGAGUGCAGAGUCUUAACCACGGGACCACCAGGGAAGUCCCUCUGUCAACUUUUGAGUAGCUGGUUCUUUGAUGCUAAAGAGACUACUCUUCCCUAUAGCUCUGCCUUCACUUCUCUGUCUCACCUCUAGCCCUUCUUUUCAGUAGCAGGACCCCUGGUCUCAGGGCUGCUUUUUUGGGCCACUGGUUAGGAGGACUGUCUCGUCAACCCCAGUUCCAUUCCAGUCCCCAACACCUUCCAUCCUCUUCCAUGAAUAGGCCAUGGUAGGGGUCACUUGACAGCUUCUUCUGUCUGCAGUGUUUGAAAUGGGAAUCUCUUCUGCCAUAUUCUAGGAUCAAGUUUUCAGGAUUAAGCAUGUUACUUAUGCCACCAAGAGGUCACAAUUUGAGGUCAGCCUUGUCAAUUUGUCUGUGUGGCAGACCCUGCUCACUGUCCCAAAUAUCCAUUCUCUUCUUCCCUAGUAAUAGAAGUCUUAAUUUGAAACUGGGCACAAAGCCUCACAGAAUACAGGUCUAGUUGUCCAAGCCUCAACUUGUAGCAAGAUGUGGUCAUGUGUCUAGUCCUGGAAAAUAAUAUGUAAGCAGUGGUAUUGUUUGGCAGUUGCUGAGAAUUUUUCUUAAAAGCCAGCUGUUUUUUGCCUUUCGCCCCUUUGUCCCUUUCUCUGUCUUAGUGACUAGACUGCAUAUGUGAUGGCUGGAGCUCUAGCUGCCAUCUUGAAUUGUGAGGACAAGAGCCACACUGUAGGGAUGACCGAGUGGUGAACAGGAAGGAGCCUUGUUGGGUGAAGACAUUAAGGAGCAGAGUCACCAUACCAGACCUAGAUUACCUACCUCUGGACAUUUAUGUGAGAGGAAAAAAUGUGGGGUUUAUAUUACUUUUAACCUAACCUAGUCUGACUGGUACAUUGUUAUUUGAUUAAAGUGUUUUUUUUUAUGUUUAUGCAUGUUAUAAGUUUAAAAUAAAUAUUUGCCUAGGCAAUCAUUUUAAUUUUUUAAUUAUUGUUUAAAAAUGUAUGUAUGUAUUGUUAAAAUAUGUAAUGUUAACACCUGAGCUGACCUAAGUUUUUAAUAUGUAUGAUGCUCUCAUUUAUUUCCUUUUAUAUUUUUGUGGUUUCUGUUGGAGAGAUGGAGAUGCCUUAUUAAGACAUUAGUAGGAUUUGGACACUGUCCUCAUAAGAGAUAUAAUCCACAAGGAAAAAUUCUGACUGAAUCAUCAGUAUAGACCAGCUUUUGGACCUGGUUUACAGUGAAUAAGAGCUUGAAAGAUCCAUACACAAAACUGAAUGUAAAGAAGAAACAGUAGGACUUCCCUGGUGGCGCAGUGGUUAAGAAUCCACCUGCCAAUGCAGGGGACACGGGUUCGAUCUCUGGUCCGGGAAGAUCCCACAUGCCACGGAGCAACUGAACCUGUGAGCCACAACUACUGAGCCUGCGCUCUAGAGCUUGCGAGCCACAACUACUGAGCCCACAUGCCACAACUACUGAAGCCUGUGCACCUAGAGACUGUGCUCCACAACAGGAGAAGCCACUGCAAUGAGAAGCCCAUGCACUGCAACUAGAGAAAGCCUGCGCACAGCAACGAAGACCCAACACAGCCAAAACUAAAUAAAUAAAUAAAUAUUUUUAAAAACCAACAACAACAAAAAAAGAAGAAACAGUAACUCUGCACAUGUGUUUAGGAUCGCCACAGAUAAUGACUCCAAAGGACUCACUACUUGUAAAUCCACAAUUUCUUGUUUCCCAGCCAGACCCUUCCUUGCCUACAGUAGCCCCAGAGAUGGAAAUGUAGGACUCAGUCAAGGCCAUUAAACAUAAUGACUGAUUUUUCAAGAACCUGCCCUCUCUAUUCCAAGAAACACUUCCUCUGCUUCUCCUUCUUGUGCCAUACCAAAGCUGCAAGUCCCAUGGGUCCAGGCUUUUCCACUUUGGCUCUAUCACACACUUAAUAAGCAAACAUUCAAGAAAUACAAAUUCUUUUCAAUAAAUCCCUCUGCAAUAUCGCCUGGUAUACACUAAGUACCACAGAUUAAUCCAACUCCCCACGAGGGUCACCUAAAAGGUAGAUUACAGGUGAACAAGUACUCGUAUAUACAUGCUCAUAGCCGUAGGCACAGCAGACAAAAAGUGGAAACAACUCAAAUGUCCAUCAGCAGAUGAAUGGAUAAACCAAAUGUGGUAUAUCUGUACAAUGGAAAGUGAUUUAUCUAUAAGAAGGAAUUAAGUACUGAUAUAGGCUACAAUGCAGAUGAACCUUGAAAACACUAUGCUAAGUGAAAGAAGUCAGACACAAAAGGUCACAUAUUGUAUGAUGCUAUUUAUAUGAAAUAUCCAGAAUAGGUAAAUCCAUAGAGACAAAUAGCAGAUUGGUGGUUGCCAGGGACUGGGGUGAGAGGGGAUUGGGGAGAGACUGCUUAAGGGGGACAAGGUCUCCUUUGAGGUUCUUGAAAUGUUUUGGAACUAGAUAGAGGUAAUGGUUGCACAACAUUGUAAAUGUACUAAAAGCCACUGAAUUGUACACUUUAAAAUAGUACAUUUUAUGUGGAUUUCACCUCAGUUUUUUUAAAAAAAGGGAAAAAAGAGAAGAUUAAGAUCAUUUAUUAAUUGUUCCACAAACAUUUCUCCCCAACCUUUUUUCUUUUUAAUAAACAUUAUUUUUAAGAGUAACUUUAGGUUUGCAGAAAAUUUGUGCAGAAAGUACAGAGUUUCCAUAUACUCCCCCAUGCCCCACAAUUCUCCUCCUAUUAACACCUUGCAUUAGUGUGGUACAUUUUUACAAUUGAUGAACAAUAUUGAUACAUUAGUAUUAAACGAAAGUCUACUAGGGUUUACAUUAGGGUUCAUUCUGUGUUGUAUAGUUCCUGGUUUUGACAACUGCAUAAUGUCAUGUAUGCCCCGUUACUGUAUCAUACAGAAUAGUGCCCUAAAAUGCUUUGUGCUCCUCAUAUUCAUCCUUCUCUCUCCCUAAGCCCCUAGCAACUGCAGAUCUUUUUAUUUUCUCUAUAGUUUUGCCUUUUCCAGAAUGCCAUACAGUAUAUAGCCUUUUCAGACUGACUUCUUUCAUUUAGUCAUAUGUGUUUAAAAUUCCUCCAUGUCGGGUUUCCCUGGUGGCACAGUGGUUAAGAAUCCGCCUGCCAAUGCAGGGGACACGGGUUCGAAAAGGGACACUGGUCCGGAAAGAUCUCACAUGCCGUGGAGCAACCAAGCCCGUGCGCCACAACUACUGAGCCUGCACUCUAGAGCCCGUGAGCCACAACUACUGAAGCCCGCGCACCUAGAGCCUGUGCUCUGCAGCAAGAGAAGCCACUGCAACGAAGAGUAGCCCCCGCUCACCGCAACUAGAGGAAGUCUGUGGGCAGCAAUGGAGACCCAAUACAGCCAAAAAUAAAUAAAUAAAAUAAAUUAGUUAAAAAAAAAUUCCUCCAUGUCUUUUCAUAGCUUGAUAACUCAUUUCUUUUUAUUGCUGAAUAAUACUUCAUUAUAUAGAUAUACCAGAGAUUGUUCAUUCACCUACUGAAGGACAUCUUGGUGGUUUCCAAGUUUUGGCAUUAUGAAUAAAGCUGUUAUAAAUACAUUUGUGUGCUGACUUUUGUGUAGAUAUGUGUUCAACUCAUUUGAGUGAAUACCUAGGAGAGCAAUUUCUAUAUUGUAUAGUAAGCCUAUGUUUAACUUUGGAAAAAACUAAAAGACUGUAUUCCUAAGUGGCUGUACCAUUUUGUGGAGUUCCUUUGCUCCACAUCCUUGCCAACAUUUGGUGGUGUUAGUGGUUUGUAUUUCAGCUAUUUUAGUAGCUAUGUAGUGAUAUCAUAUAUUUUUUAAAUUGAAGUAUAGUUGAUUUACAAUGUUGUGUUCAUAUUGUUGUUUUAAUUUGCAAUUAUUUAAUGACAUGAUGAUGAGCAACUUUUAUAUCUUUAUUUGCCAUCCAUACAUCUUCUUCUGACCAGGGACUGAACCCGGGCCCUUGGCAGUGAAAGCACGGAGUCCUAACCACUGGACCACCAGGGAAUUCCCCGUAUAUCUUCUUUGUUGAGAUAUAUGUUCAAAUCUGUUGCUCAUUUUCUUUUUUAAAAAAUUAUUUAUUUAUUUAUUUAUGGCUGUGUUGGGUCUUCGUUUCUGUGCGAGGGCUUUCUCUAGUGGUGGCAAGCGGGGGCCACUCUUCAUCGCGGUGCGCGGGCCUCUCACUAUCACGGCCUCUCUUGUUGCGGAGCACAGGCUCCAGACGCGCAGGCUCAGUAGUUGUGGCUCACGGGCCUAGUUGCUCCGCGGCAUGUGGGAUCUUCCCAGACCAGGGCUCGAACCGGUGUCCCCUAGCAUUGGCAGGCGGAUUCUCAACCACUGCGCCACCAGGGAAGCCCUGUUGCUCAUUUUUAAAUCGAGUCGUUUUCUUACUGUUGCGUUUUAAGAGUUCUUUGUAUCUUUUGGAUACAAGUCUUUUAUCAGAUGUAUGUUUUACAAAUAUUUUCUCCCAGUCUGUGGUUUGUCUUCAUUUUCUUAAUAGUGUCUUUCACAGAGAGAAGUUUUAAAUUUUAUUGAAAUCCAGCUUACCAAAUAUUCUUUCAUUGAUUGUGCUUUUGGUGUUGUAUAUAAGAAAUCACCAAACCUAAGGUCACCUCGGUUUUCUCCUAUGUUACCUUCUAGAAGUUGUAGAGUUCUGCAUUCUACAUUUAAGUCUAUGAUCCAAUUUGAGUUACUUUUUGUGAAAGGUGUAAGACCUGUAUAUUAAUUUUUUUGCAUGUCCAGUUGUUCCAGUACCAUUUGUUGAAAACACUUUUCUCCAUUGAGUUACCUUUGUUCCUUUGUCAAAGAUUGGUUGAUUAUAUUUGUAUGGGUCUGUUUCUGGGCUGUCUAUUGUGUUCCAUUGAUCUAUUUGUCUAUUGUUUCACUAAUAUGACUACUGUAGCUCUAUAUUAAGUCUUGAUGUGCCCAAUGUUGGUGGAAAGUCAGGGAUUUUUGUUUUUAACUUUUUAUUUUAUAUUGGAGUAUAGCUGAUUAACAAUGCUGUGAUAGUUUCAGGUGCACAGCAAAGCAACUUAGCCAUAUGGAAAGUCAGUGAUUUUGAAUAAACACAUCUGUAUUCUUUGUUUCAUUUUAUACAGAGCACAUAUUAUUGUAACUUUAAAACAUAAAAUAAAAUUUACUUAUUGUUAAAAA